AUUUUUCAAACAAAAAAAAACAAAAACGGAUUUGCCUUCUUCCCCAUAUUUCUUGCUUUUUGGGGUUUUUAAAUUAUUUUUUCAUGCUCUUUCGCCUUAAAUUAUAGUUGGAACUAGUUUUCAUAAGGAUUUGGGUUGUUUUGGGUGCAUUUUGUUGGUUAGGGUUAGGGUUAGACUGACAGUGUAACCGAGAGAUACAUAAGGCCGGAAAAAGCACACUUCAGUCAUUUGACGUUUGGCAGGCGAAAUGGAUACAUCAACCGAUCUGGACCAAACCCUGGAGUAUGACAUUGGGGAUUGCUUGAAGGCUCCGGCACCGUCCAAAGAGUCCUCGUCUUCUUCUUCGGAGUCCUCCGCCUCCUUGAAGCCUCCUGCAUCAUUCCCAGACUUCUUGUCUUCCUCCUCCUCCUCGAGCAGGCAAGAGUCACCAGCCACGACAAGGAAAGCAUCUUCCUCUUCGGAGUCCUGCUCUGCCUCGAAGGCGCCUGCAUCAUCCAAAAAGUCCUCGUCUUUGUCCUCCUCAAUUAGGCAAGAGUCAUCAGACGCAACAAAGAGAGCUUCUUCCUCUUCAGAGUUCUCCUCCGACGACGACGAGGAUGCGAGGGACCGCUCCUAUGGCAUUUUGAAGGGUCCAUACAAUAUCGUAACCCUGCCUUCGACAUCCGGGAUAAGGAAACCCUCUUCCUCUUCGGAGUCCUCCUCCUUAUCUUCCUCUGAGUCCGAGGUUGAUCCUACCACAUCAGAACCAGAGCCCACCCAACACCAAUCUAGACCGAGAGAGCGCCAGAGGCCCCCUGUGCGGGUAAGACCGACUUGCCGCUGUACCAAGUGCCACGCCAUUGUGGUGAAUUUGCCGCAUCACUGGCGGCAAGUGCACCGGAGGGAGCCGCCAGCCAGGCCCACCCGCAUUAAGAGUCAGGGGGGGGGCCACCUUUACCGAGAGUGCCCGGUGGGAGGGUGCCACAAGGCUGUGGUACGCCUCGGUCAACACCUGACCGCGGUACACAAGAUACCAGCAGGCACCAUGCGCAAGCAACUGGUCAAGAGGGGGAGGACCUUCACGGAAUUUCACACGGGAGGACAGCCACAGAUCUGGCCACCCCUGGAUCCAGACAGGGCCAACACGCAUGGCAGGUAGGAAAUCUUUCUGCUAUAUUUUCUUCUUCUCAUCUCUUAUUGGUCCUGGUGCAAAGGGAGGGGGGGGGCUUAUUCUGAUGUUGAUUGUACAUCCAGGACAUGGUAAGGUCACUCCAACGACUGUCCGAUGUUGCCUAAGGGUUGGGGUUAGGGUUCAGCAGAAGCAUUUCCUACCUUGUCUUCUUUUUUUCUGUUAUAGGAAAACCAGAUUGGAGAGGAUGAUGAAUCGACCCUCCUCAUCUGAUUACUCCUCCUCCUUGUCGUCGGAUACCUCCCCUGAGCACCAGCCUCUCCUAGGAUUGGGGAAGAGGAAGAGGGACUCCCUUUCGAUGCACAGAAAGAGACCGAGGCUCACCUCCACACCAGCGAAGACGACGUAAGAUCAUGCUUUUCUUGACUUACAAAUUUUUAUCCCCCAACUCAAGUAGCCAAGUAGCCCUGCAAGUAACCACUUUAGCCCUACAAGUAACCAGUCUUGCCCUCAAAGCAGCACCAUAUGCCCUCAAAGUAACCAAUAUUGCCCUAAAAGACUUUGAAAUUUUUCCCCACAAUGAAGUAGCCAAAUAGCCCUGCAGGUAACCACUUUAGCCUACAAGUAACCAGUCUUGCCCUCAAAGCAGCACCAUAUGCCCCCAACGUAACCAAUGUUGCCCUAAAAGACUUGGGACUAUUUCCUAAAUGUAACGACCUAUCAUUUUCUUCUUUUAGAGUGUCCAUUCCGCUAGGAGAGGUCCAGGGACCGCCACCGCCCUUGAUAUUACCCCCACCCCAGCGCACGUCCACCGCGGUGAUGACAACGCAAGAGCAUGCUUUUCUUUCAUUUGCAACAGCUAGAUACACUGGACUAUUUCCUAACUCUAACGACAUAUUAUUUUCUUCUUUUAGAGCGCCCCUUCCGCACUUUGUAGGCGAGGUCCAGGGACCGGGAGCGACCUUGAGAACACCCCGACCCCAGACAGCAGCAGCCCACCGACGACCCGCCUCCCCGGAAGUCCCCUCCAAUGUGACAGGGUUUAUGGCAGGUCAGUACUAUUUGUCCAUUUUCUUUCCAUCAUUAAGUAUUUACGCAGCAGGCAUUGGGAUCGGGAUAUGUAGUCUACAUUUAUUUUCAACAUUCACUUCUUUUUCAGUACCCCUCCUAAGACGUUAUUUUCGCUGGCUGACGUCGGUGGAGAUGGGGAAACCACACCCUGUGGGAUACUAAGAUAGCAAACAGACCUUUCACAUCUGGACCCAGGUUCGUUAGGGGGAAGAGUACAAAUUGCACGACCUCCUGGACGUUCAACGCAUCAAAGACGACUGGAUGCAGACAACAGUUGGGAGAUUCGCCCCAGGAACUACCAAAUCCUACCUGGGAUCCCUCAUCCAGUUCCUGGAGUUCAUGGUGUCCACCCACAGGUCCCACGACAUUGACCAGACGGAAAGGGCCAUCUUGGAGUUAAAGAGGACGCAGAAACGUCUGCAUCGGCGAUCCCGGGAGAGGAGGUCCGAGAUGGAGGUGAAAGCCGUGGCCAACAUGGUGACACCGGAACAGAUCGUCGAGGUCCUCAACUCCAACUACGUCCGGGCCAUCAACAUCAGACUUUCCAUAGCAAAGACUUUCACCAAUGUUGAUGUCCUUCGACACGUCAGGAACUUGAUGAUGUUCCGCAUCCUCAUCGAUAAUGGCCAGAGGAUCGGAGCCCUGACGGGGAUCACCCCACAGGUCGUAGCAGAUGCAGAACUCAGAGAGGAGGGAGCGAUACUAACGGCAAAUUAUUUUUCAAAGAUUACUUAG